AUGGAGAAUUCAUCUAUAGAGACUGGAUUCAUCCUUCUUGGUAUGACAGAUAACCCUCAGCUUGCAGUCCUGCUAUUUGGAAUCUUCUUUAUUGUUUAUGUGGUCACUGUACUGGGGAACCUAGGGUUGGUGGUCCUGAUCAGAGUAAGCCCCCGCCUCCAUACUCCCAUGUACUUUUUCCUCUCUAAUCUGUCCUUCCUUGAUUUCUGUUUCUCUUCCAUUACAACCCCAAAGACUUUGGAAAGUUUAUUAUCUCAGCUGCAAGGUAUUUCUUUCUUUGCAUGUGUGACUCAAAUGAGUCUGUUUAUAAUCUUUGCCUCUGCUGAAUGCAAUGUUUUGGCUUCUAUGGCAUAUGACCGCUAUACAGCCAUCUGUCACCCACUGGUCUACCACAUCACCAUGUCAAGAGUCCAUUGUCUCCUAUUGGUAGUAGGAUGCUACCUUGGUGGGUUAGUUAACAUGGUUGCUGUAACUACUUCGAUCACACAACUCUCAUUCUGCCAACCACGUGUCAUCCCACACUUCUUCUGUGAUAUUUCUCCACUGUUAGCACUGGCUUGUUCAAAUCCCUGGCUCACACAGAUCUUGGUUGUUGGAUGUGGGGGAUUCACCCUGGUUACUUCUAUUGUGGUGAUCUUUAUAUCCUACAUAUCUAUACUUGUGACUAUCCUGGGGAUUCCCUCAUCUUCUGGAAAACAGAAAGCCUUCUCCACCUGUGCUUCCCACUUGACUGCUGUUGGCCUAUACUAUGGAACAACUAUGUACACUUAUUUACAGCCCUCCCGACAUGGCUCCCAGGCUGGAAAUCAGAUGGUCUCAGUGUUUUACACAAUGAUGAUUCCCAUGCUGAAUCCUCUCAUCUAUAGUUUGAGAAAUCAGGAAGUGAAAGCUGCCUUACAAAAAAUAUUGAGAUGUAACCUCUGA